AUGGAAGGGGAGGUCAUGGAGGAUCGAGAUGCUUUAUCAGUAGAGAUGGCUGGUUUAUCGGUGGACAGUGGUGGUCAGAUGGGUCUUGAAUAUCAACAAGAGGAGUUGGGGGCAGGAGACAAUCUUGAGCUAUGUUUGGUGGGCAGAUUUCUUUCGGAGAGGAUUAUCAACUAUAAUGCUAUGUCUUUUUCAUUAGCCGAGCUGUGGCAACCUCGUGAAGGGAUGACUGUUAGGGAGUUGGGUGGUGGUCUUUAUGUGUUUCAAUUUUUUCAUGAGGUAGAUAUUCACCGUGCCCUGGAAAUGUGCCCUUGCACCUUUGAUAAUCAGAUUCUGAUUAUAGAACGUAUGUCAGGUUUUUCUACUCCUACAGAGGUCCCUCUUAAUCACAUCUAUAUUUGGCUCAAGAUCUUUGAUUUACAUACUGGGUUUCAUUCUGAAAGGGUAGCUAAAGAUAUUGGCAAUCAGGUCGGUCAGAUUAUUGCUUCAGAUGAGCGCAAUUUUACUGGGGAGUUUGACUCAUUUGUUCGAAUCCGUGUUAGAUUGGAUGUUCGGAAACCGCUGAUGCAAGGCAUCAACUUGAGAAGAACAGGUGCAGGACAGGCCCCUCGCAACUAUUCUCUGGACAUCCGUGCUAAACCUCGCAGAGGGGGAAUGGUGAACAAGAGCUCACGGUGGCUCCGUACGCCGGGGAGGUCUUUCCGAUCAGAAGAUAAGGGAGUGGUUACUGGAGCUGCUUUAGCUAAGUCUCCUAUUUUGUCUCAACAUGCUGUUAAUUCCCAUGUACACCCAGCCAUGCAAUCUCCUACUGGGCUUACUAUUGUGGACCUGAAGCGACGUCGUAUGGAGGAGGCAUUAAAUGAGGAGAGGGCCCAAGAUGGUGGUACCAAUGCAGGACCUGAUUCUACACUUUCAAGGGCUGCACCAAAAAACAUGAUUGAAGAAAUAAAAAAUUUAUUGGGUUAUGAUGAUUUUGUUUCUGUGGACUGUGUGGGGCAUAGUGGUGGUCUGGCUUUACUUUGGCGUGCUAUUGACUCUGUGCAUGUUCUAUUUCAAUCGGCUAGAUGUAUUGAUGUGGAGGUUGACUUAGAUGCGGUGGGUAGUUGGCGACUAACUGGCUUUUAUGGACAUCCUAAUCGUAAUCAUCAUCAGGAGUCUUGGGCUUUACUACAGAAUUUAGCAACUAUGAGCACACGUCCCUGGGUCUGUAUGGGGGACUUCAAUGACAUUCUAGCUAAUCAUGAGAAGAAAGGAGGCAGACGGCAACCGAAUGCAUUGAUUCAGGGGUUUCGCAAUGCUGUAAUGGCAGCGGGACUCUGUGAUUUUCCCAUGAGCGGAUUUAAAUUUACUUGGGAAACUAGUAGGGGCUCAGAUCGGUGGGUUGAAGAAAAAUUAGAUAGAGUUCUUACCUCUCCAUCAUUUAAUUCUUUGUUUUCCCAUGCUAGAGCGGCUUCGUUGGAAGCUUCUUCAUCUGAUCAUCUUCCAAUACUGUUGGAGAUACGUCUCUUUAUUCCGACCCAGUUGGCCAGGAGAUUUAAAUUUGAGAACAGUUGGAGAAGAGAGCCGCAGUGCCGUGAGUUGAUCUCCAAUGUUUGGAAUUCGAGUGCCUCUGUGGAUGUGUUUAAUAAAUUACUUCGGUGUGGAGAAUUGUUGUAUAGAUGGGGGCUGGACAUUCGAAAUCUACAUAAGCAGGAGUUGGUACAGUGUAAGUUAGAUAUGCAGCACUUGCGGGGUUCUCGUUCGUUGGCUGAUGUUCGCAAGUUUGAGGAGGCUAAGAAGAGAUACCAUGACUUGUUGAGGGAUAAAGAAAUACAAUGGAAGCAACGUGCCAAAGUCUUUUGGUUGAAAGAAGGAGAUUCUAACACUAGAUUCUUUCAUGCAAUGGCUACAAACAGAAAAAAGAAGAAUCUGAUUCAUCGGCUCCAAGACAGCAAUGGGGUUUGGUGUGAGAGGGGGCCAGCUCUCGACACUCUUAUUGUUGAUUAUUUUCAGGAUAUCUUCCAGGCAAAUUCGGGUGAUACUCAGCCUAUUAUUGAUCAUAUCCCUCACUGUAUUACUGAGGAAGAUAAUGCUUUUCUUCUUGCUCCUUAUUCACCUGAGGAAGCCCGUGCAGCAGUGUUUAGCAUGCAGGCGGACAAGGCACCUGGUCUCGAUGGGUUCAACCCAGGUUUUUUCCAAUAUCACUGGGAUAUUAUUGGGUCUGAUGUUUCAUCUACUUGUAUUUCAAUGUUGGCUGUCGGUACAUUCCCGGUAGAGUUAAAUGAAACAGCAUUAGUUUUGAUUCCAAAGAAGACAAUUCCUGGGACGAUGGGGGAUUUGCGGCCAAUAGCUUUGUGUAAUGUCUUUUAUAAAAUAAUGUCCAAGAUGGUUGCAAAUCGACUUAAAAGGCUACUGCCUCGGAUUAUUUCUCCAUCACAGUCGGCAUUUGUUGUCGGGAGAAGCAUCCAUGAUAAUACUAUAAUUGCCUUCGAGCUUAUGCACUUUUUCAAAGGCAAGCGCUAUGGUCGUGAGAGUUAUGGUGCCUUAAAGAUGGACAUUAGCAAGGCAUAUGAUCGUAUGGAGUGGAAUUAUGUUUCGGAUGUCUUGGAUAAAAUGGGUUUCUCAACACAGUGGACGAGUGUGAUCAUGCACUGUAUUACUUCAGUCAGCUAUCAUAUUGUUCAUGAUGGGAAGGAAUUGGGUCCAAUUAUGCCUACACGAGGAUUGCGGCAAGGAGAUUCCUUGUCCCCAUAUAUAUUUAUCUUGUGUACUGAGGGACUUUCACAGCUUAUAUCGCACAAGGUGGCUAGUUCGGCUUUACAUGGUUGUCGGGUGGCUAGGAGAUGCCCUGAGAUAACUCAUCUCUUCUUUGCCGAUGAUAGCUUGAUUUUCUUCCAUAGCACUGCUGCUGAAGCUCAGGUUGUGAAGGAGGUGGUUUCUACUUAUGCACAGGCAUCUGGGCAGCUCAUAAAUUUCACUAAAUCUGCCAUAUGCUUCUCUAAGAACACGAGACAGAAUGAUCGGGCUGGUGUGUGCUUUGUGUUAGGCGUGGAAGAGCAUUCAAGUUUGGGCAACUAUUUGGGUCUUCCAUCAGUGGUGGGCAUAAACAAAAGGGAAAUAUUUGGUUUUUUAAAGGACAAGGUGUGGCAGAAACUUAACUCCUGGAAACGUCGUUGCUUGUCCCGUGCAGGUAAAGAAAUCUUACUAAGAACAGUGCUCCAAGCACUUCCUAAUUAUGUGAUGAGCAUGUUCCUAAUCCCUAAGACUCUUUGUCACGACCUCCAACAGAUGAUGAAUAUGUUUUGGUGGGGUAAAGGUAUUAACCAUGAAAGGGGAAUCCAUUGGAUGAGUUGGGAUAGGAUGAGUCAACCAAAAUUUGUUGGAGGGUUGGGCUUCAAGAAGUUAAGGGAGUUCAACUUGGCUAUGGUUGGAAAGCAAGCUUGGAAUAUUGUGACUAAUCCUUCUUCUUUGGUGGCAAGGUUAAUUAAAGCUCGUUAUUUUCCUGAUGCUAAUUUUAUCACGGCUCGUCUGGGGUCCAAUCCGAGCUAUUUUUGGCGAAGCAUUUGGGAAGCACAAUCUGUUAUUAAGGCCGGUAUGUGUUGGAAAGUUGGAAAUGGACAGCAAAUUCGAGUCUGGGAAGAUCCUUGGAUCCCAAAUUUGCCUUCCUCCUGGGUGCAAACAUCGCAGCCUGUUAACUCACAGGUAAACUUUGUUCAUGAUUUGAUGAUUAAUGGUUUUUGGAAUUUGCCAUUGUUACGUUCAAUUUUUAGUAUGGAAGAGCAGCAGGCCAUACUGUCUAUUCCCCUCCCUCGAUUUGCUGCUAGUGACAGAUUGAUCUGGAAGUUGGAGCCAAAGGGUCAAUAUUCAGUUAAAUCAGUUUAUAAAUUCCUAACUAAUAUUGGGGAUGGAGUUGUGGGAGGUCAUAUUAGUGCGAUGUGGCGGAAAUUAUGGAACGUCAGGGCUCCUCCUAAGUGUCGCGACUUAGUGUGGAGGGCAGCCAAUAAUGCCAUACCAGUUUUGCAGCUGCUUCAACAGCGACAUGUUCCUGUGCAUAAUUCAUGUCCUUUAUGUAAUUCUGUUAGUGAAUCUGUGCUCCAUGUGCUGGUUACAUGCCCUUUUGCCAAGAGGGUAUGGCUUGCGUCUUCGAUUGGAUGGCUUUUUCCUCAGUCGGCGUCAUUUUUGGCAUGGUUGUGCUCAGUUUUGCAGCUGGUGAGAAAGGAAGAGCAAGCUAUGGUGGUAAUGAUCUGCUGGGCUCUUUGGCAGGCACGGAAUGAUGUGGUCUGGUCUUCGAAGUGGUCGAGCCCUGCUGCUGUGGUGUAUCGGGCUAGGACAAUCCUCUACGAUUGGUGUAAUGCGCGACACGUUGAUGACAGUUCUUCUGAUGCUGUGCCAGCUCCUCCACCGUUACAUUUCUGGGUUCCACCGCUUCAAGGAUUCUUGAAAGCUAAUGUAGAUGCAGCAGUCUUCCCUGAUGGCUUCAUUGGAGUUGGUGGAGUGCUUCGCUCAUAUGAUGGCUCUUUUGUUGGCGCUUGUCAACAUAGACUCCUUGGUUACUUCUCUCCUAAAACAGCUGAGCUAAUUGCCAUUAGAGAAGUUCUGAGUUGGAUUAAGAGGCUGGGUUAUGAUCAGAUAGUGUUGGAAUCAGAUGCUCUUACGGUAGUGAAAGCUUUGCUUUCUUCUUCAACUUCUGAUUUUUCUAGUUUUGGGUCCCUUGUUGAUGAUUGUAAAUCUCUAAUAGCAGAGAUGAAUUCAGUAUCUGUGAGUUUUGUUCCUCGAUCUGCCAAUAGUGUGGCACAUCUUAUAGCUAGAGCUGCCUCUACUAUUUCAGACAGGAUGGAGUGGCUGAGCACCCCUCCACAAUUGAUUGUUCAUGCUUUGAUGUUGGACUUCCAAAUUUGA